CUAGGGGCGGGGAUGGAGGAUUCAGCCGCUGUGAGAGGUGCAAUGAGUGACUGCAGCUGAGGAAGUGAAAGUGAAAGAAUCAUACCUUCUCCAUAGACUGUUCGAGAAGGAUCAGAUCAGACUGACACCUUGUUCAAAUUACAGCUAAUAGACUGCACAUCUAAAGAAAAUUGUGAUAGAUAUGAGUAACAAUACUGCAAACAAUACUGUUGACCUGGAGAUCAAAUGGUUGAAGAAGACAGACUGUGUCUACAAGAUACAAAAGAACCUACCUCUGAAGAAUGAAUCUGGUGUUGGUGCUUACCUGUGCCAAGUUACUUGUGAAGACACAAUCAAGGAGAUAAACAUAUCUUUAAAAGAGGCCCCUGGAACUGAACAAGCAUCCACAUUGAAACUGAAUGACAAGCAAUUGACAGAUAAUGACAGAAUAAACCAGACAUAUUCUGUUUUAUUGGAAGUUUUCUCUACUCUGCAGAAAGUGCUGCAGACAGACAGACAAGGUGAUGAAGCAGCAAAAAAUCUGGACAAGCAACAGCAAGGAUGUUCAGAAAAAGGUAAAGGGUCGCAGACAGACAGACAAGGUUAUGAUGACCCGAAUGAACCAGCAGAAGAUGUGAACAAUCAACAGCCAGGACCUCUAGAAAAAAGUAAAGAGCAGCGGACAGACAGACAAGAUGAUAAUAACCUGAAUGAAGCAGGAGGAAAUCCGGACAAUCGACAGCCAGGACCUCCAGACGGGGAUUGGACCGUGCUAUCAAUAGACAUCAAUACAUCUCAAGAUAAUAAAGACAACCUGGGCAAUGAACUGGAAUGUUCAGAUCAAGGACAAAGCCAAUCACCAGCUGAUUCAAACAAGGGUGAAAAGAAAUUACAGGAAUUCCAAAUAAAGAAGCCAAAAAAAGAAAAAAAGGGGGCCACAGUGUUCUCUAUUUUAGCUGGAAAGAUAAAUGACAUUCACAAGAAAUUCAUUGCCCAUCUGCAAGACCAAAUUGAGGAUCUGACAGAAGCUCAAAGAGUUGAAGACAGUGACGUUGUUUUGAUUUUCUGUCCUAUUGUUUCUCGAGCUGGAACUGACAUUGAUGCUGCCCUGGCAAAAAUUCAGUACUCUACAGCCUCUAAGCUGACUGUUUUAGUGGUGCUUCAUCACACAUUUGACCCAGAGAAAACUAUAUCAAACAGCAGCAAAAGUGUCAACAGGGAGAACCUGCUCACAGUGGACUGUCUGUUCUAUGAGGAUACGGGAUUACUGGACUGUCAAAGGAAUUCAGAUGCAUUAGAAGAAUCUGUCAACUGGUUAAUAGCGCAGGGACACACAGUUGGUUCUUCAUUGCAACAAAGGCAGACAACAUGGAUUCCGGCAAUAUGGUCAAAAAAAAAUUUGAUGUGUUCGAUGAACACGAUGGUGGGUAACUCCAGGAAGCAGGUCACUUCAGGAGACAACAAAAAAGAAAAGAAGACACCUACGUUUUCUAUAAAUCAUUAAGGAUGGCCUGUUGACUGACACUGAGGAUCAGUGCACUCUUGCUGCUUUGUCCAUCAUUCAGAAAGAACAUACAGUACUUUCACAUCAGAUGAGUCUGCAUGUAAAUCGGUUUAUCACCAAAUAAGAUUCUUUUCAGCAAGUGUUUCAAGUGUAUUUGCAGAUGUUUGUAAUCAUUUUAACCAGCUGUAUUGGUAAGAUUUAUCUAGUUUUGGAUAUGCUGACUUAAGGCAUGCUAGAAUUGACAGGUUUUUACAAACCAACAUACUGCAUAGUCCUAAUGGUUCAUGCAUAUAAAUUAGUUGAAAUGAAUGACAAAAACAAUAAAACUAUCUAUGUCUUACUGCUUGGCAGAUUUUAUGGAUGACAAGCAAAAAAAAGUUUAGUUUAGCACCUUGUGUUCAUAGAGACCAAUACCAAUGUGGGUUUUUGUGUAUUUUGUUAAGAGACUUUCAGUGAUUUUUUUUUUGGUGUAGCACAUUAGAAUUCUACUAAAUAUUUCAUGUCAUCUUAAUUAUGAUAUAGGCGGUUCAUUCCGCUGUGGUGACCCCAGAUUAAUAAAGUGACUGAGCCGAAAAAGAAAAUGAAUGAAUGAAUGAAUGAUGAAUUAUGAUAUAGGCUAAUGAUCUCUGGAAUGAGCCACUGGAACUUUCCUCUAAAUAUUUGCAUGUAAUAAAAACAUUGAUCAUUACAAA